AUGCGCUUUAGACCAUCCCUCUCGAGCACCGUUUGUGCUGUGGCUACAUAUGCCUUUGCUCAACAGGACCAAGCUCGUCUCAACGGACAGUUCGAACCUUUUACGGUUGGAGACUCGAUUCCAUCAGACCUUCAAUCUGAGGUUCCGCCUCCUCCAGAACCCGAACCAGUCACCAUCACAGAGCUGCCAUUGCCUCCUGUGACAACAAAUACCGGUGUGGGGGGUUGUACCGCGGAGAUUAACCCUCGUCGAACGGGCUGCAUAGGACAAUCCACUGGGCUCCAGUCAGGAGACUUCCUGCCCGAUGACAAGCAUGUUGUGGCGACGGUGACCUUCACGGGCGCACCCGCUGCCCCAGAUGCGGCUAGUAUAUAUACUGGGCCGCAGUUGAUCAUCGUCAAGGUCGACGGGACCACAUUCCCCAACGGGGAUGCAUGGAAAUGUAUCACUUGCGGCGUUCCUGUGGGCAACGCUGUCGGCCGCGAUGAAGCCCUCGACUACCCCCAGAUCUUCAACGACGGAAAACGCCUCCUGGCGGGACCUAACAUCAUUGAGUGUUCUGCUGACCUUGCCAGCGAGGACUGCACGCCUGAUAAAGUUCACAUCUAUCCCAUCCGGUGGAACACAGCUGCGGACGGGUCGGGGCCCGGGGGAAGUAUCCGGGAGCUGCGCAUUCAUCCGGACAACCAGCAUUUGGGUUGGAGCUCCUUCGUGAUUAAGUCUGGAAAGUUGGGCCAGUAUGGAUACAUUGGCAGGCUAGAGUUCAACCCUUCACCCAUUUCCGGCAUUCCCCUUGCCCCGCGUUACGACCUGGUCAAUGUCAAUUUACUUUUCAACCCCAAUGCGCCGCAGCCCAUUGAGGUCGAUCCCGAAGAUAUCAGUCAGCUCCGGAUCAAUCGCGACGCCAUUGUUGUUGGCGAAAUACGCGGCUUCAGUGGCACGGGCAAAGAAGUCACUUUCAUCGGGUAUCCUUUUGAGUCAUCCAAUAUCGAUGUCUUCGCUGCCGACCUCACCACUGGCAAAGUCAGACGACUGACAGCUCACCCUGAUUAUACAGAUCCGGUAGAUGUGUCGCCGGAUGAUAAAUGGACCGUAGCCAUGGACACUCGUGGUAGUGGCCGGCAAAUGUUCAUGGCUGGCCUGCGAGGCAUUCCACCUCUGACGGACAUAGUCAGCAGCAGCGUCACAUCUUCGACAAGAAAUAACCGCAAACGCCGCUUCUUCCAGCCUUGGCUUAUUGACGGGUUCGGUGAUCGUGGAUCGUAUUUCGGUCAGCAGCUCAACGCAGAGGGUGAUGGGGUUCCGGGCGGCGGUGCCGUCAAUGACCCAGAGUGGAACGGUCGUGCUGAUCCAAAGUGGUCAAACGAUGGCACGCGUAUCGUCUACUGGCAGGCUCUCACCACUUCUCCGAGCUGUGGCGGGCAGAAUCCUCUCCCUUGCUACCAAUCCACGGCACCUGGGGGUCGUACUGAGCGAAUGAUGUUGGCCCAUCUCACAAGCCGCCAGCCUCAGGCGCCACGGGAUAUCGAGCCUCUUUCUGACAUCAUUCCUUGGGCGACGCCGUACAAACCGGGGGAUCCUGCUCCAGACAGGUCGUUCCUGGCCAGCGGGAAGUUUACGCUCUGGGGAAAAUUUGGGGGUCGAGCGGACGUUACUUUGACACCCAACACUGCGGGUUCGCCCGAGACGGUUGCGGUCGAGUACCAUGACUUCUCAGACGAUGGGAUCAACGUACUGGUAGGAUUUGAGAGGGUUACGGCAAGGAACCCGACGCCGACCCUGGAAAAGAUCGAUUGGUUUUCCGAUCUCGUCCAGACCGGACCCAACAACGGUACGAAGAAAACUAGUCAAGGCGGGUUUCAUCUCUCAAUCGACAUCAUGAAGAAUGUUUUUGAAGCUAAUGGGACGUUGACGACUACUGUCAACGGCAAGGAGUGGCACCAGCCUGCGAAUGGCACAUAG